GCACUCAUUCUGCCAUUUGGGUCUAGGGUAUAUUGUCUUGGGCGACUAAAGUUGUAAGCUAGGUUUGCUUAAAGACUUGAUUUCCAAAGAAUUUAAGCUGGUGUUUUGAUUACUGAAAGUCUUGAAAUAUGGGAGUUUCUCCAGUACAGUCCCUACUUGUUGCCCUUAAUAUGGCGGGGAGUAUGCCCCAAGGAAAUGGGCAAAGUUGCAGUGCAAAUGGGUGUUUGGGGAGCAAAGUAGUGGAAGUCCAAGCUGCCAAGAGAAGAUGGCAAGGGAAGAAGCAAAGGAUGGCUAGGAAAUAUGCAAGACAUGUCAGAAGCAAAAAGGAUUCGGCCAGGAUCUUGAUGAUGAAGAAGACAGCACGCCUAGGACGUUCAAGGAAGCAUGCAAAUAAUGGGAUUGGGAAAAGGGUUAGAACCUUGAAGAAGCUCAUUCCAAACGGCGAAUCCAUAGGUAAUUUGGAUGGGCUUUUCAGAGAGACGGCUUAUUACAUUUUGUCAUUACAGAUGAGAGUGACAGUUAUGCAGACUGUGGUUAAUGUAUUAACAAAUUCUGACGAGUGAUCCAUUCAUCCUGUAAAGACUCAUGUAAUAUUUAUUUUUCUUCUUUUUCUUCUUAUUUGUAUUUUUUACCCCCUUUUUUAUGCUUAAUUUGCCUUUCCAUGUGAUUCAUAGAAAAUAUAGGAGCUUGAGUAUUCAUGAUGUUGUGAUCUAGAUUUAACAACGCUAGUUUGGUCAUUUUAUUUCGGGAAAUUAGUGAUUAAUUUGAUAUGAACAAGUGAGCAAUUAGUGGGAUGUUUUUAUUUUCCACUUAA